AUGGUCAGUCUCCGCAGCGGAAGUACCACUGAUGACGUUCAGCCCUACAUCAAGCGUAGGUCGACAGCCGGGACGCCCAAGAAAGAUGACAACGACGACGCAUGCUCAGUCAGUUCGGAGAGCAGCAGCGAGUCGACGAUAGUUGUAGAUACGAGUUUCCGAGGCCGCGCUCAACCGCCUCUCGCGACGUUCAAUCGCAAGAAGGACGCAAAGUCAGCGACUCCCGAUGUCGAGAUCGCUUCUCAGAGCGAAGGCUCGACGAUCGUCGUUGACACCGGUAUCUGCAGCCCAUCCCCUCAAGCACCUCCGAUGGCGUCCUUCACCAUCACCGCUAGGCCCAAGCCAUCUGCAGCUGGCACCAAGACCGCUAGGCCCAAGCCAUCCGCGGCUGGAACCAAGACCGCGAAGAACGUAGCAAGCACCGCGCCCUCGGGAUCCCGCAACACCACCGCCAACGAGGCCACCUCUGCCUUCAACGCUCCCACGACGACGGCGGCGGCGGCGGCCCUCCCGACCUCUGCCACGAACGAGAUGGAGAUCGACGACGCCAUGGACGUCGCCGCCGACAACACUACCGCCGCCACGGUCAACCAGGGCGACAACAACACCAACACCCCGGUGGCGCCUGCCAUGGUCUACAACACCAACAACACCCCGGCGGCGCCUCCUCCCAUGGUCUACAACACCAACUACCACCACGCCGGCGCCCUCAACCCCAACCCGUCCAACACCAGGGAGUUCUGGAUCUGGGAGGUUCUCUACGCCGCACACCACCGCCUCCCCGAGGUGCUUGACCUCGACGACCGUCCGGACCCGACGACCACCGACGUUCCCAUGACCUACUUGGACCCCGUCCUCCCUGCAUUCAUCAGCAGCGAGGAUGACGACGAGGAUAGGCUUUCGCCCAUCUACCUCGCUACCACCACCCCCGCCGGCCCAACCACCGCAAGCACCACCACCAACGACCACCAGACUACUCCUCCCACCGGCGGCCCCCCGGACGGCAUUCGCCAGUUCUUCGUCGAUGUGCAGUACGAUCCGCUUUCGACGCACCCCUGGGGUGCGGUGCUCUGCGUCGGCCGCCUGCCGGCGGGAGGACAGCUCAUGGGCGCGACGAUUGACGUCCAGCACCUCGUCGAUGUGAGGCGUCUGGGGUGGCUGCAGGCGAUUGGCGACACCGAUGCGAGCGCGUGUCUUUGGCUGUGGAGGAGGAUUGUUGACUGGACGGAGGAGAACGCGAGGGGUUGA